GCCCAACACAUCACGCACCACACUCUUUCCACAUCACACUCUCCUACACUCCUUCAACACAACACACGGCCACAUCCAUCACCACCAUGACGUCCGCCGCGGUCGGCAAGCGCACAGCGGCGACGACGGCCGCGCUACGCGAAAAGCUCCACGCCGCCCUCAACGUCUACCUGCAGCACCGGUCGGGCGUGCAGCGUUUCCUCACAGCUGGCUUUGUGCUCUACUGCGUCGGCAGCGCAGUCGUCAACCUCAGCGGCAAGGGAAGUGUCAACCCCGACAAGCUCGGCAGCGGGAGCGGCAAGAGCAAGGGCGGAAAGAGCAAGCGUAGUAACAAGAAGAAGAUGUCCGUCUCGGACCCGCUCUUCCACGCGCGCCUGAAGAAGCUCCUCCGUAUCGUCAUCCCCGGCAUUCGGAGCCGCGAGGCUGCCAUGCUUGCGCUCCACUCGGUCUUCCUGGUCGGUCGUACCGGAUUGUCGCUCUACGUCGCGGACCUGGACGGAAGAAUCGUCUCUUCCCUUGUGACCGCGCAGCCGCGCCUCUUCCUCACUAAUCUCGCGCGCUGGCUCAUCGUCGCCGUGCCAGCGACGUACACCAACUCGAUGCUCGAGUUCCUGCUGAGCGAACUGGCCCUCGCGUACCGAACACGGUUGACGCGCUACGCAUUGACAAACUAUCUCGACCCCGAGGCCGCUGGGCCAGAGCCUGGCGUAGACGAGCACGACGAGGAGAAGCUCUACUACAAGCUCGCGAACCUAGACGAUCGCAUCAAGAAUGCUGAUCAGUACAUGACUGUCGAUAUCCAGCAGUUCAGUAACAAGCUGGCCGAGAUCUACUCGAACAUUGCAAAGCCGAUCCUUGAUGUCAUCCUGUACAACUACCAGCUGUCGCGGAACGUCGGUGCCGAGGGUCUCGUCCUCCUCACCAUCCUCGUGCAGGCAAGCGCCAAGUUGUUGCGUGCCAUCACACCGCCAUUCGGCGAGUACGCCGCGCACGAAGCGACACUCGAAGGCGAACUGCGUUUCACCCACUCGCGUCUGCUCGAGAAUGCCGAGGAGAUUGCCUUCUAUCACGGCGAAGACUACGAAAAGAACGUCAUCGAGCGUGGAUACUUCGCGCUCGUCAAGCACGCCAACCGCGUCCUCCAGACGCGCGUCUGGCACGGCAUCUUCGAGGAGGGCAUCAUCAAAUGGGCGUGGGGAAGCUUCGGUCUCGUCAUCUGCGCCAUCCCUACCUUCUUUGGCGAGGCUCUCGGCAUGGGAAGCGGCGAUCUCGGAAGCCGCACAGAAGGCUUCGUCACCAACCGACGCCUUCUUCUUUCCUCGAGCGAUGCCUUUGGACGAGUUAUGUACAGCUACAAGGAACUCGCCGAACUCGCUGGCUACACUGCCCGUGUCUCCGACCUGUUUGACACCAUGGACGAUGUCAAGCACGGCAAGUACCAGAAGAAGCUUGUCAGCAGCGCCAAUGUCGAGGACAACAAGAAGAUGCUGCAGAGCCGCGGAAAGAUCAUCGAGUCGGAGGACAUCCGAUUCGACGAGGUCCCGCUCAUUUCCCCCAACGGCGACGUGCUCAUCAAGUCCAUGUCGUUCCACGUCGAGCCCGGACAGCACCUGCUCGUCAUCGGCCCGAACGGAUGUGGAAAGAGCUCCAUGUUCCGUAUCCUCGGUGGCCUCUGGCCCGUCUACGGAGGAACAGUCUACAAGCCCCCUGAGCAGGAUUUCUGUUACAUUCCUCAGAGGCCUUACCUCUGCACUGGCACAUUGCGCGACCAGAUCAUCUACCCAGACGACCACAAGGCCAUGAAAGCCAAGGGCGUGACCGACGACGAGCUCAAGGCAAUGCUCGACAUUGUCGAGAUGGGCCACAUUGUCGAGCGGGAAGGCGGUUGGGACAGCGUUCGCGAGUGGCGCGAUGCCCUUUCUGGUGGCGACAAGCAGCGUAUCGCCAUGGCUCGUCUCUUCUACCACAAGCCAAAGUACGCCAUUCUGGACGAGUGCACUAGCGCUGUUGGCCUCGACGUCGAAAGAGCAAUGUACACGCAUGCCAUGGACCUCGGUAUCACCGUCAUGACCGUCUCGCAUCGCCCAUCGCUGUGGAAGUACCACAAAAUGGUCUUGCAGUACGAUGGACAAGGUGGCUACGUCUUCACCACCCUUGACGCUGAGAAGCGCCUCGCCCUUCAGGACGAGAAGCAGGAGCUCGAGCACCGUUUGCUCGAGGUGCCACGCCUCAAGGCCCGCCUCGAGGAGCUUCGCAGCAUCAAGGCUCACCGAGAGGCGGCACUCAUUGCGGGGAACGUUGGGCCAAUCGUUAUUGCUCAGGCAUGAUCUGCCUCCCUCUUCAUACCUUGUCUAUUACUUGUAGCUUAGAUAUGUACAGGAACGGAACAGUGUACGAGGUCGAGGAGCG